AUCUUUUUACGCAUGCGUCGUAGAAGCGACAAACAGGAAAACCCUCUGAAAGAUUCGCAACACUGAAGAAUCGCCAAUCUAGACUGUCCAACGAAGUGAACAAAAUGGGAGGAGAAUUGUCAAAAUCCAAUAUCGCAAAGCGUAAUGCUAAAAAGUUGCGCUCCGAUUACCUCUACAAGAGCUUUCAAACGCCGUCAAUGAAAAAGUUGGGCAUUUCCCCUUUCAACAUCCUGGUUAUGGGUGAGGUCGCUAGUGGCAAGUCGUCGGCCAUCAACUCGUUUGUAACUGCUAUGCACGACGACGAGGAGAUGUAUUUUCCAGCAUUGAGCCUUGGCGUACAAGAUGAUCAUGUCACGACUGGUUACAGAUGUUACACUUUGCCUGAGAAGUCAGGAAUUGUGAUGUUUGACGCAUGGGGCAUAUAUCUCAAUAAGACCUACUUGGAUGACUCUCUCAGUAAAAUGUUAGAUGGAGUCAUGCCUGAAGGUGGACGAGAAGCAACUUCAGUAUUAGAAACUAAACAAUCUGAUGAAAAGCCUCCCAGUUACUCAACAGCUGAAUAUAAAGGAAUCAUUCCUGGACGGGAAAUACAUAUGGUUGUGUUUUGUGUCAGUGGAGAAAGCCAUUGGGCACAAGCAGACGAAAUUGUGCAAGCAGACUAUGAAGAACUGUCAAAGAUGAUAAACAUGAUGAAGGAGAUCAAUGAAAAGAAAGGUAUUUGCUCUGCUGCCCUCGUAACUAAGGUUGAUCUUGUUACAAAACGAGUUUUAGACUGUGCAAAUCCAGAAGAAAUCCGAGUAUUGCCCGAAGUGGCCAAAUGUCUCAACAACGUAUCAAAAGCAACAGGAGUGCAAAAAAGCAUUGUCCUUCCAAUGGUGGCUCAAACAGAUGAAUUCAAGAGAUCUCCAAUAGUGGACUGCAAUGCAAUUCAUGUGCUGAAGACUCUUAUGAAAAUAGCUGAAGGGUACUUAGAGCAAAAGGUUGCACGAGACAAAAAGGGAAUAAAAUAACUGCAGCAGACAAAAAUCUGACUUGACCUUUGUUUAGAACUUUGAAAUGGUUUAGAUUGCACAUUGAUAAUGAAGUUGUUCUGUCUGUUGUUUAUUUGUUAUUGCAAUUCAUUAGAAUAACUACAGGAAUUUGAGGAAAUUAA